AAUUCCUUUCCCCGGAACUAAAGAACUGUGUGCACGGCGACCGCCACGUUGGGGUUUGAAUGUUGCACCGGGUCCUCCUGCCUGUGUUCCGCGUCCUCCUGUUGGUGGGAAGUUGAGGCUUAGUGGACGCGGCCUCUGAGGAGAAUUGCUGCUUAUGGCAGGGAUUUUGCGCUCAGUGGUUCAGAAGUCCUCAGGCACACUACAGACUGUGACAGAUGGUGUGAAAUCACUUAUUGGCACACAUUGGGUUCGCCACAAAUUUACCAAAUCAAGAAUUCCCGAUAAAGUGUUUCAACCUAAACCUGAAGAUCAUGAAAAAUAUGGUGGGGACCCCCAGCACCCUCAUAAACUUCACAUUGUUACCAGAAUAAAAAGUACAAAAAGGCGUCCAUACUGGGAGAAAGAAACAAUAAAGAUGCUUGGACUAGAAAAAGCACACACCCCUCAGAUUCAUAAGAACAUCCCUUCCGUGAAUGCAAAAUUGAAAGUGGUCAAACACUUGAUAAGAAUCCAGCCCCUGAAGCUGCCACAAGGACUUCCAACAGAAGAGAACAUGUCCACCACGUGCCUCAAGAGCACUGGGGAGUUGGUGGUGCAGUGGCAGCUGAAGCCUGUGGAGCAGGAUGUAAAGUCCUGAUGCCUCCCCAGGGCUUCAGAGUGAAGAAUGAAGGCCAUUGCUGUUAUUUAAAAGGAAGUGUUUUCAUUAAAGUAUAUUUUAAAUCCA